AUGGAGAUUGAGAAUGCUAAGUUUCUCACCUGCAUUGAUACCACUGUGUGUUAUCGCUCAUGUAUUCCCGUGCAGAACCUGAAGACUGACCCUGUAUUUGAAGCAUUGGAUAAGAUAUUCCGCCGCUACAACAAGGCAGGCUUUCAAGUCAAGACAAUCAAGUGUGAUCGGGCGUUCAUUCCUCUCACUGAUGAUAUGCUAGACAAUAUGGGUGCUACUAUUGACCCGACUGCAGCUGGAGACCACGAGCCUACCGCUGAGCGAAACAAUAGGACGUUGAAAGAAAGAGUCAGAGUAGCUCUUGCACGAUUACCCUACAAAGUGGUUCCAAAAGUGAUCACUGAAUGUCUUGGACGUCAAGCCGCCGAGCUAUUGAAUGUCUUUCCCCAGAAAGACAGUAUCUCAUCAAAUUUCAAACCACAGCAACUCAUUGAUAAUGUCAAUAUCAACUACAAGAGUGACAUGGUUGCUGAACUUGGACAAUAUUUUCAUGCAAUUGGGACGGAUUCCAACAAUUCAAUGGAACCCAGAAGUAUCGAAGCGAUUUACAUUGAACCUACCAAGGGACAACAUACUGGGCACCAAGUGCUCAACCUCAAUACUAAGAAGAUGAUUUCCUGA